AUGGUGAUUCUUCUCGUCAAAAGGGGUGACGAAAACCAGUUCCUAUACGAAACAAAUGUUAAUAAUCAAGUUGAUGAUGUAGUUAAGGAUAUAGUUGCAAUUUUUAAUGGAAGACUCAAAGUCAGCAGGAUUUGUUAUGAAUUUGAGGAAUUGUGGACGCACGGGACGUUUUUGCCAACUGAGAUGCAGGGUUUGACAGAAGAACAGAUAAAAGAAUUGAAAUUAGAAGAUCCUUGGGCAAAGCGUUGUGCUCCGCAAGGUUACGUAGAGGCGAAAGACGAUAUGGGGCGUCGAUGUGGUUUAGCGCCACCGCCUAACCUUCAAGAGGUGCUGAAAAAGGCAGCCGAGUUUGCUAAAGAGACUAUUAGUAAAAAGCAUGUGGAUCUUAGAAAAUGUAUGACUCAGAAAGACGUAGCAAGAGCUCUAGAAGAAUUACGUGGUGCUACUAAAAUAGUCUUCCCAGCGGGUCUACCACCACACGAUCCGGUGAGAAUGGAGUUGGACAAUGUCGAAGAUUUAACAGGAACCCAGGCAGCAAAUGAAGUGAUAGACCCAGCUAGAGCUUGUCUUUGGGCAUGUGGCAAGAGACUGAUAAGUGGGAAUAAGCUGAGUGAUCAUUUGGGUAAGAAUGAUAAAACCAAAGUAACAGUAAAGUUAUGCUGUUCAUCGGAAGGCGCUCCCGGAAGAGAGCCAGUAUUGACGGAAGAUGAGAGAAAGCAACUGAUGCUGCAGGCGUAUAGGAAACAAGAAGAGUGGAAGAAGCUGGAACAAGAUGAAGAUGAUAGCUACCUGGAUUCCAAGUGGGCUGAUGGUCAGAACUUGAAGAGGCAGUUUCACGGCUUGAAUAAUAUUUCUUGGAAGCCAGUUGCGAAGUAG